UUCAUAACGAUGUACAUCAUGGAUAAAAAAAUUGUUUCAUUUGGAUUAUUAAUAUUGUGUAUUGAAUUUGUAAAUGCUGGACAGCAGUUUAGUUUUAGACCACGUGUUAUUUUACCAUCACAAAGUUUAAAUACAACUGAAACAGCAAAUGAUAUUGCUCUUAGAAAUGUAUUGAUUGAUUUAGCAACUGGUAAUUUAAAAAACGAAUCAACAGUACUUGUUGAUUUAAUUAAAAAUGGUAUUAGUGAAUCAGCAAUGUUAUAUCCAGAAAAUACAAUAGCUCGUUUACGUGCUGGUGCAAAAAAAGCACAGUAUCUUGUGUCUGAUGUCACUGCUGCAUAUACCCAAGCAAUAUUUAGAGCAAAAUCAUCAGCAGAAGCAAGAGGAUUACUAUCAAAUUUUCAAAAAAUAAUUCAAAUGGUUGUUGAUUUUACAAAGACUGGAAAAUAUGCAUCUAAAUAA